GCGUGUUUCCGGGCGGCGCGGGAGGCUGGAGGCCAGAGGGCUGGCCGUACCGCUGCUGACAUGGAGACUCUGUACCGAGUCCCGUUCUUAGUGCUGGAAUGCCCCAACCUGAAGCUAAAGAAGCCGCCCUGGGUGCACAUGCCGUCGGCCAUGACGGUGUACGCCCUGGUGGUGGUGUCUUACUUCCUCAUUACCGGAGGAAUAAUCUAUGAUGUUAUCGUUGAACCUCCAAGUGUUGGCUCAAUGACUGAUGAACACGGGCAUCAGAGACCAGUAGCUUUCUUGGCUUACAGAGUAAAUGGACAGUAUAUUAUGGAAGGACUUGCAUCUAGCUUUCUGUUUACAAUGGGAGGUUUAGGUUUCAUAAUCCUGGACCGAUCCAAUGCACCAAAUAUUCCCAAACUCAAUAGGUUUCUUCUUCUUUUCAUUGGCUUCGUCUGUGUCCUACUGAGUUUCUUCAUGGCUAGAGUCUUCAUGAGAAUGAAAUUGCCGGGCUACCUGAUGGGCUAGCGUCUCCUGAGAAGAAAGCAGUGGAUCCUGGAUCUGCUCCCGUUAAUAAAGCUUUGAUGGCUGACCCACUCCCUUGUGCAGUGUGGAAAAGAAUGAAGAGCAGCAUAAAAGCAGCAUUGAGUGACACCUUAGCAAACAUAUUAAAGCUAGGACUGGAAUUCAUGGUAUCAGACAAGUUCAUUACAGUAUUUUUCCUGAUGACCUAUUCCAAUGUACCAGCUAUGUUGUGGCAUUUUCUUCUUAGUUUUUUAUUUUUUAAAGUAUACUCCACUUCUAAAACUUUCGUAUUGAAUAAAUGAUUAUUUUUUACAACCCCUCAUCAUUUUUUGGACA